AUGUUCUGGAGACCCUCUCAGCCUUCUGUCCUUUCACUUCCAGGCUGGCCUCAAGAUUAUGCUAAUUAACUCAAGGACCCACGCUGCUUGUUGCCUGGUGACAAAGUUUCCCAGUCAGGAAGAGGAACUGGGACAAACUGGAUAAUCUUAUCUUCUAGCAGUCUCAUGUGACUUUUCCUCUAACUGAUCCCUGACCAACCAGACAACAUACUCCCUUAUUAAAAACCAUGGCCAAGGGAGGGAAAGGCCCUAAGGGCAAGAAGAUCACCCUGAAAGUAGCCAAGAAUUGCAUCAAAGUCACAUUCGAUGGGAGGAAACGUCUGGACUUGAGCAAGAUGGGAAUCACCACCUUUCCCAAGUGCAUUCUGCGACUUAAUGAUGUGGACGAGCUUGACCUCAGCCGGAAUAUGAUCAGAAAAAUCCCCGAGUCGAUCUCCAAGUUCCAGAACCUGCGCUGGCUGGACUUGCACAGCAACUACAUCGACAGGCUGCCCGAGACCAUCGGGCAGAUGAGCACCCUGCUCUACCUCAACAUCAGCAACAACAAGCUGACCAGCAAUGGGCUGCCCGUGGAGCUGAACCAGCUCAAGAACAUCCGCACCCUGAACAUUGGCCUGAACCACCUGGACAGCGUGCCCACCACGCUGGGGGCCCUGAAGGAGCUCCACGAGGUGGGGUUACAUGACAACCUGCUGAGCAACAUCCCCCAGAGCAUCGCCAAGCUCCCCAAGCUGAAAAAGCUCAACACAAAGCGGAACCCCUUUCCCAAAGUGGAAGAGUCUGACACCUUCAUAGAUUCCAUCAAGAGGCUGGAUACCUUAUACCUGGUGGACGAGAAGGAUCUGUGUGGGCCUUGCCUAAGGAAAUGCCAGCAGGCCCGGGACAGGCUGAACAGAAUCAAGACCAUGACCAUGGGUCCCCUGAGAAAGCCCAUCUUUUCCAACUUGGUCUCACCAAACUCCAUGGCAAAGGAUUCCCAGGAAGAGUGGAGGCUCCGCAACUGAGUGAAGGUUUCAGGAAUUACAAACACCAUGUCACGAUACAGUCAAGAAUAUGCGUACUUCUUUGCACUCAACAGCGACCUCCAGCCCAGGGAAACUUUUGACUCAACAACAAGGCGAUCAGCAUUUCAGACCUUGUCAGAGGACGUGGCGGUGGAAGGAUGUCCUCCCAGCUCAUUUCAAAGGCAUGAAGUGUGCACCCCAGAUAUUUGAAAGGAAGAGCCAACAGACAUCCCAGCCUUGGAAUUCUCUGAAUUUUCUAAACUCUGGGCUCAAUAUGAGCCAAGAUCACUGGAAAGCCAUACAGCUGAGCCAGAUCAUAUGAGUGAUUCAAGGAAAUGACUGUAUAGAACUAAGUCCAAAUAUUAGGAUCCCCUUUUGCAGAAAACCAAUAUAAAACUUCUAUUCUGCAGCAUUCUUUUGUACUUUUUAUAAAAAUGGAAUUGCUGUCUUUGUCACCCAUUAUCCCUUAGAUAGAACAAAUUUUAUAUUCAGUGUCAAGAGAAAGUACAUGCCAGAAACAAAUUUCAGAAAAACCUCAGUUUUCCUGUUGUCUGUCACUAGAAAACAAUGUAACCCAACACCAUUAUUUUAUUUUUCUGAGUUUCAGGACAAUUAGGGAAACUAGAUCACCUGGAAGGUACCUGAUCACCUCUAGUUUUUAUUUUUCUCCUUUAAACGUUUUUUGGGGUGAUUUUUAAAGGAUCAUUGUACACUGUAUUUAAUUUGAAGUGGCCUUCAACCCUUUUUGGAAGGCUACAAAUAAAUG